AUGACUGUAUGUCGAAACAACGUUCACCCACAACCAAGGUCUAUAUCGUUGGAGGUAGUGGUUCGCAAACACAAGCAAUUUCAGUUGGAUGCCAAUGUAGCAUGGCACGUAGAAUUUUAUGAUAGCCACAGCAACAACAACAACAACAACAACGACAACAACAACAACAACAUCGAUAACAUCAAUAACAAUAACAACCGCCAAGCCAGCUCUAAAGCAAGUCAAAUCAAUAACUCAUACAACAACAACAACACAAACAACAACAAUAAUCGGAACACUAAUAACAACAACAAUAAUAAUAAUAACAACAACAAAAAUAACAACAACAACAAUAAUAAUAAAAACAACAAAAAUAACAACAACAACAACAAUGAUAAUAAUAACAGCAACAACAAUAAAAACAACAAAAAUAACAACAACAACAACAACAGCAACAACAACAACAACAAUAAUAACAACAACAACAGCAACAACAACCACAAAAGACUGCGUAACCUCAUACUGAAUGUCCAUCACGCCAGACAGACGUGCAACCUCAACGACUCCUACCCACACUGUGACGACAUUGACCUCUUGAAGCACCAGAUACUCACCUCUUACACACCCCAGGUUAACUGA